AUGUUGUCCCUGUCUGGUGGCAGCCUCAUGUGGGGUGAAGAGGAAGAAUGGCUAGAGGAAGAAGAUGAUCAGGAAGAACAGGUAGAGGAAGUGGAAGAGGAAACGGAAGAAACCAAGGAAGAAGAACAAGAUGAUGAAAAUAAGGCACCAGGAGAAGGUGGAGAGGGGGAAGGAGAGCAGGAGCCUGAGGAAGGUGAAUUGAAACCAAAGCCCAAGCUCUUCAUGCCAAACCUGGUGCCCCCUAAAAUCCCAGAUGGGGAGAGAGUGGAUUUUGAUGAUAUCCACCGCAAGCGUAUGGAAAAGGACCUGAAUGAACUGCAGGCCCUCAUCGAAGCCCACUUUGAGAGCAGGAAGAAGGAGGAAGAGGAGCUGAUGUCCCUCAAAGACAGGAUUGAACAACGACGAGCAGAGAGGGCAGAGCAGCAGCGCAUCCGCAGUGAGAGGGAGAAGGAGCGCCAAGCCCGCAUGGCUGAAGAGAAAGCUCGCAAAGAGGAGGAGGAGGCCAGGAAGAGGGCUGAAGAAGAGGCCCGGAAGAAGAAAGCUUUCUCCAACAUGCUGCAUUUUGGAGGCUACAUGCAGAAGACAGAGAAAAAGGGUGGGAAGAAGCAAACAGAGAGGGAGAAGAAGAAGAAGAUCCUCAGUGAGCGGCGGAAGCCCCUGAACAUUGACCACCUUGGUGAAGACAAGCUAAGGUGA